AUGUCGCAUAAGACUCAGAGCCAAUUAUCUUCACAAAUGAAAAACUUGAAUACUCCACCAAUAGACUUCAACUCAACUUCAAGUAACAAUACCAUGCCUUCUGAACCAAAUCUGCAACCGCAACAACAACAAUCACAACCAGAAGCAAAAACGGAGCCACAAACCAUACGCCCUGCUACUUUUACAACUAGUGGCAAUUCAUCAUCUUCGUCGAUAUCUACCUUAUCAGCAGAUAUCAUUCAACCACUUCAUCAACUACUGAUAAAUAACAACAAUUCAACUGUGACGCAACCAGCGCCACAAAGCUCAUCGUUUCAACGCCGAAACAAUCCACAACGUUUCAAUCGGAAUCAACUCAAUGUAUACACUGACUUCAAUAGUACUACUUCAUCUGCUUCAAGCAUUAGUAGUUCACCAAAAGAUUUCUUCACCAGAGAGCCACCACGGAUCCAUAGUAAAUUGAUAUGUGAAGAGAUUGCCUCUGCCAAUAAUCGAGCUGCUAAAGAGGUUUUAUCACGUUUAUCUACUGAUGAAUUGCGUUCAGUUAAAUCACAUACUGAAUUAGCUGAAACUGCUAAUGGAGUGAGAAUGUUAGCCAAAAAUUUAUCCCGAGCAACCAUUCAAUUAGACGUUAGAGCUAUUAUGAUUAUCACUAAAGCUAGAGAUAAUGGACUUAUUUAUUUAACAAAAGAAGUUGUUGAAUGGAUUUUGGAUCAACAUCCUCAUAUAACAAUUUAUGCUGAUGAGAAAUUAGCAAAGUCGAAAAGAUUCAAUCCGGAAAGUAUUAUUGCCAAUUAUCCAAAUGGUUGUAAGAAAUUAAAAUAUUGGAAUAAAAAAUUAACUACGAAAAAUCCAGAAAUUUUCGAUUUAGUACUUACAUUAGGUGGUGAUGGUACUGUAUUAUUUGCUUCAAACUUAUUUCAAAAAAUUGUUCCACCUAUACUUUCAUUUUCAUUGGGCUCAUUAGGUUUUUUAACCAAUUUUGAAUUCAGUGCAUUUAGAACAGUAUUGAGCAAAUGUUUUGAUUCUGGAGUUAAAGCAAAUUUGCGUAUGCGAUUCACUUGUCGAGUACACACUGAUGAAGGGAAGUUGAUUUGUGAACAACAAGUGUUGAAUGAAUUGGUAGUUGAUAGAGGACCUAGCCCAUAUGUUACUCAUUUGGAAUUAUACGGCGAUGGAUCAUUGUUAACGGUUGCCCAAGCUGAUGGGUUGAUUAUUGCAACUCCAACUGGUUCGACUGCUUAUUCAUUAUCUGCUGGUGGGUCUUUAGUUCACCCUGGUGUGAGUGCCAUUAGUGUUACUCCAAUUUGUCCUCACACCUUAUCGUUCAGACCUAUACUAUUACCUGAUGGGAUGUUUUUGAAGGUUAAAGUCCCACUGAGCAGUAGAGCCACUGCGUGGUGUUCAUUCGAUGGUAAAGUGCGUACUGAAUUGAAGAAAGGUUAUUAUGUCACUAUUCAAGCUUCACCAUUCCCCUUACCUACAGUAAUGUCUUCCAAAACAGAAUAUAUUGAUUCUGUCAGUAGAAAUUUACAUUGGAACAUCAGAGAGCAACAAAAACCAUUUAGUUCAUAUUUGAAACCAGAAACGCGACAAAGUAUUGCUGAAAGUGAAAGAUUGGAUAAUUUACAUAUUUCAAGUGAACAAGAUGAAUCGAAUCAUGAGGAACCUGAAAUAACUGAAGAUUUUGAUAUUAAUUAUACUGACAAUGAACGUGAUUCUUCUAGUUCCACUCCUAGUGAAGAAAGCAACGAAGAAUGUGCUAAUACCACGACAUAA